AUGGGUAGCGAAUAUGUCGAUGAUCAUUAUUUCAUCGACAAACGUGGUCGAUCACCUUCCCAGCGAAUGUGGGAUAAGACUUCGACUCUUGGGAAGAUAAUAUACUUCAUCUAUAUCAUACCCUUGUUCGCUAUUCUCAUUUCUUUGGCUUUAUUGUUAAGUCCAUUUUACUUGUUUAUCAGAAGGACCAGACCUUUAUUACCUUCCACAUCUUUACCUGAUCCAUCGACUAAGUACAUUGACAAGACGACGGGGAAGAAGAGAUAUUCGAAAUACGAAUGGUUCGGAGAGGAUAAAGAAUUUCCUCUGUAUACUUUAUUCGUUCCACUGGGCAAAGGUCCAGGAUUACAUAGAAGGACAUGGGAGAUGUUCAAUUAUUUCAUAGAGAGCUAUAAGAUGGUGUUAAAGCAGGGUUUACAAGUUGGUGGUUGUUUGACGGCUAUUAUUGUGGGGUACAUGCAGGUCAGAAUGAUGAUUCAUGAUUUGAAUGAUCCGACGGUAGUCGACUAUAGUCAGGAAAUGCCUUUGACCAACUACGAUCCAGCCGAGAGACUCCGUACGGACUCAGAAUGCGCAUAUGGUGUAGGAACGGGUAUGGCAAAUUGGGCAAAUGGUAAAGAACCUCUGGCUUGGUAUACCUUAUAUCAUAUCUUCAUCUUAAUAUUGUGUAUUUGCCUCUUUGGUGAUGAGUUGCUCAAUGUGCGUUUCGGAUGUUUCGCUCCGCAGUGGUUUAGAGCAGGAAAUGGAUAUACAAUCAUGUUCUUGGCAGCUGCCACUUUAAGUACCAGUCCAAAUUGGGACUAUCCAGAAACCGUUCAAUUCCGAUAUCUGAUCCUGGUGAUAACAUUCAUUUUCGGUCUCUACAACGUCCUCCGUACACUUAUUACCUCUAUUGGAUGUUCUACCUCAGGAUAUAAACAUCUUGAUUACCGUGUAGGUCGUAAACCCCUAAGGUUCUGGACGGAUAGUGAAUGGCAAGACGAAUAUUAUCGAAUGAAUUUCAUUCAACCUGGUAAACAUGAGAGAUAUUUUUGGACCGAGCAUCUUCAAGCUAAAAUUGGUGAUUGGGAUUUCCCCUUGGAAAGAAGAUCAAGAGAAGAUAUAAGAGCGCAGAUUGCUCAUCAGAAGAAGAUGGAUCCGAAGUAUGAUGAUGGAAGGAUACAGAAGGUCUGGCAGAAGAGUGGGGAGGAUUUGGAGAAUCAAAGAGGAAGAUUAAGUAGAGUAGUUAUACAUGGCGGACCCAAAAAGAUGCACGAUAACUUCAAAAGAGAAUUAGAAGAGAUGAAGAGAAUACACGUACCUCCCAACGAUCCCGAUAAUCCACCUGACGAAGAGAUGGAAAAAGAAAUUAUCAAAGCUUUAGAUAAGGAUAAAGGUUACUUCGGGAUUGCAAAUUGGAAACCCCGUACAAAAUCAUUCGGUUGGUGGUGGUUUGACGUCCGAAGAGGAUACUAUAUGAUAUGCGCAUUUGGAUUGUUCUUCUUGAGGAUCGGCAUAUGCUGUUUUGAUCUCGCAGCGGGUACUUUCUACCAAUAUCUCGAGGAAUACAAUCAAGCUUCAGACCAAUGGAAGAUCAAUGGCGGACCUUCUAACGAUACUUGUCAAUAUUACAAGGGUAGCUCGGUUCCUAUCUUUAUCCUCCCAGGAGGGAAUGCUUAUUCAGGAGUGAUUGCGAUGUAUAUCUGGGUAGGGGUAUGGAAUACCUUCCUUCUAGGAAUGUGUUUGGCUAUUUUCAUGGUGGCUAUCUCCAAUAAUAUGUGGUGGGGUAUGCACAUAGGUUUCUUACCUAUUACACUUAUCGGUCCAAGGAUGACUUCGAUGAGUUUAGGUAUUACAUUGGGAUUUGUGGCUUUGGCAACUCUCCAACAAGGUUUUUACUUCCACAACGACGCCGGUAUUAUAUUCACCAAGAUUGUAUGCUACGCUUCGAUAGCCGGAGCGGUACUUUCCAUAUACCCUAAUGAACCUCUAAGACCUAAUUUUACGAGGGAUCCAUUCUGGCCAUGGACAUCAAGGUUCGCUUUUAGACGUAUGGAUCGCAAGAAAUGGCAUUAUGAGAAUAAGGAUAUGCAAGAUAUGGGUCAGUAG